AUGACAGCAUAUACCUUAUCAGGAUUUUUAAAUAGUAACCCAGACUUUGAAAGAGUCAUACUGGAUUUACAUCAGAUUUUCGGACAAUUGGUCAUGAUAUAUCUAAAUGAUCCUAGAAGUUACUCGUAUCAUCCGGAUUAUAUUCAGAUCAACGAUCUUAAUGAAGUAAUUGCACCCCUUCCACGUCUAUCCAACCUUGAAAAGAACAAAUGGGUAAGUUUACCGGAUCUUUUAGAUAGUUCUUUUGAUAGAACUUAUACGAGUAUCCAUGAUUUUUCAUUUUUAUUGAAAUGUUAUCUACUAGACCCGAUAAACCAUGACAAAGAACUUGUAAUUUCCAAAUACAAAGAGACAUUCGUUCCAAGGGGUUUCAAAGUUCUCGGAUAUGGAGCUCAUAGUGUCGUUUUACAUUCCGAUGAAUUCUUCUCUUCACACAUAUUUAAAUUCUCAAAACUAGAUCUUUCCGUGGAAAAUAAGAUCAAAGAAAUACUGGGGAUUCCAAUUUAUUAUCCAAAUUUGGCCGUGCCUAAUAAAUACUUUACCAGCAGCCCUUUGUAUCGAAAAGGAACAUUAAAAGCCUAUAUACAAAACAAUCCUAAUCUCACAAACCUAGAAUUACUCGAAAAAUUUUAUCAAAUUUGUUUAGACGUACGAAACAUUCACAACCACCACAUUAUACUAAGAGAUAUAAAGCCAGACAACAUUCUCCUCGACGAGUUUGAUAAACCUCACUACGCAGAUUUUGAUGUUUCAGUGUUUGACACCGACAAAGCAUAUGAUUUCACCGGAACUGAGUUUUACAUGGCUCCAGAAGUUGAUCAGAACCUUUCCAAAUCGAAAUACGUUGGUUACGGUGUUAAAUCAGACAUCUUUUCACUUGGAUGCGUUCUCAACUACAUGUUCAAUCACAAUUAUCCAUAUUCUAUAUAUACACCUCUUAUUCCAAAAACAGUCAUUUAUCUGAUUGAUUUCAUGAGAAAUCCAAAUCCAGAUUUUCGACCAACUAUAGAUGAAUUAAUUUCAUUGACCUUAGGAACUAUGAAAUAUUAUAGAUCAAAUCCUGUCAAUGAAGGACACUUUGGAUUAAUGAAUUAUGUACCUAGACCUGAUGACAAAAUAAAUCCAAAGCAAAAUAGUGAUUAUGGAGAAAAUCGUUUCAAGAAACAUGCGGACAAUCGUAAAAAUGCUCAUAAUCCAGAAAACAAUCAAAAUUCAAAUAAACGACCCCCACCACAAAAUAUCAAUCCAUCACAAGAUAGUUCAGAAAGUGACACAGAGAAGAUUACAAAAAGUGACACAAAGACAAGUUCAAAUAACCUCAAACGUGGUUCUAAUAUUUCUCGUAAAAAAGAUCCAAAAUAUCCAGGAACAUUUAGACAGAAACAGAUAUUUUCGGAUUCUCUUAAUGAACUACUUUAUUUAUUGAAUAUGAGGAAUAGUAAUAUAAGUUUGCCAGACGAAGAAUUGAUGCCCAUGAUAUAUAAAAAUCUGAUUAAUGUUAUCAAUUAUGAUAUAUUUGAUCCAGAACCAGAACAAAAUUCUGACACUAAUAUCGAUAAUUUUAUCAAUAUCUUCAUUUCCAAUACAAUGGAUAAAGAUAUUCUCCAAAAAGAGCAUCAACAUAUUAAUUCCGAAUUGAAGAAUCAAGUAGAUUUCAAAAUAUCUAAAUUAGAAGUUACUGAUAAGCAAAAAACUGUUGAAAGAGUGAUUAAUCAAAUUAACAAUCCCACAUUUGAUUUGUCUCAGAUUAAAAAGAAUUCAGACAAGAAUAGAAUUAAGCUAGAUGGUUUGCGGGCUCAUUUAUUAGAUGAAUCUCGACAAUCAAUGAAUACUCAAGAUAUUCUACAGUUAAUAGAGGAAAUCAGUAGAAAGACUAGUUAUUCCAAAAAUAAAAUAUAUGAGAAUCCAAAAUCUAUUCAACUAAAGCAAGCACUCAGGACAAAAAUAAAAGAAUAUAAAACAUCCAAGACAUUGACAGUAACUGAGUUACCAAAAGAGUUCAAAUCAAAUCAAACAAAAAGAACAAUUUUGGCUCGAUCAAAUUCUGUUCCAAAAAUUUUCUUUUACUUCGAUACAACACCGUGUAUCAGAAAUUAUGUCAAUAAAACAGGAUCUCCAUUAUUCAAAACAACUUCUUUAUUUUAG